GAAAUGUAACAUAUUUUUAAACUUUUACUCGUUAAAAAAGAUUUCUUUUUUCCUUUUUUUUUUUCUAGUGUGUAAUGAUAUUUACUUGAUAAUAUGUUUCCUUUUUAUUUUCAUACGAAUUUUAUAAAAAUUUUAUACAAAACGGAUAGGUACACAUUCGCUCCCCUUAAAAGAAUUAAUUAUUUAAUGUUUCUAGUUAAAAUAAUCUUUUUUAAAAUCAAGUUAACGUAGAUAAAAAAUAAUGACGUAGAUAUGUAUAUAUCACGGUCAUGUAGUUACUACUUACAUAACAUUAAUAAUUACGACUAAGGAUAAGGUAGACACGUUCUAAAUAGUACGCGACAAAGUAAAUAUAUAUAUAUAUAUAUACACAUUUCGCAUAAGCAUACGCGUACGCACAUACACAUAGGCAGAUACAGUGUCUGAAAUACCGACUUCAAACAAUCAGAGUGUUUCUAAUGCUCUCUGUGAUUUGUUACGGUGAAUUAUCAUAUACAUUCCACUACUAUACCUAAUCGAUAAUGUCGCGUACGAUACAAAAAUUAUAAAAGAUGGUCAAGUGGCGCCAAAAACGUGGUAGAUGAAAACGUAUUGAGUAUCAGGUCUAUCUUGUACUUGAUAAAUGGUACGUAUUCAGUGGAAGCGGCUGUCCAGUCACAUGUAGGAAGGAAAGGCGAGUGGGAAUACUUAGUGAUAUUUGUACAGUAAUACGAGUUCGAAAUGUAAACAGAUGUACGAUUUGAAAUUAUUAAAAGUAUUAUCACAUUAGAAAGUUAUAAAUAUAAUUGUAAAAAUGUCAGUUGUAUCUUCAAGAGUUAGCAGUGUCUCGUCGAUUCUAAAAACUCCUGGAGUUAGAUCACAACUUAUUAGACAAUCUAAUAGAGUACAUUUCAAACUUCCAAAAGAUCUCAAAAGUAUUAUCUAUAAUUUUGAAGCUGGUAAUGGAACAAAAGAUUACGAAGAUUUAAUAUGUAUUCUACGAGAUUCAAAUAUAAAGGACACAGAUUUAAUAGAAUUUUUAUCAAAUGUAAGACAAUGUAUAUCGUUACUCGGUCCUAUCCACAAAGUAUUUGUAGAAACGCUUCUACAAAUAAAAUGGACAAACCGUUCUAUAGAUGUGGCAUCUGCUUACAAAGCAUUUAUUGAAGAUUUAAUUUGCAUGCAAAUUCAUUAUGCUAAAAAUACAAUAGACAAUUUAGUUGAACAAUUUAAACCAGAUGAGGAUAACGACGCUGAAUGGAAAAAUGAAGAUUGCAAAGAAGAAGAUAUUCAAAGAUUAAAUCAUAUACAUAAUGUUCUACAAAAAAUUUUGAAAGUUGUGCCAAUGUCAAGCAAACUUCUAUUGCAAUCUCUUAGAGCAAGGUUCCCUUAUAUUGUUCAUGGAGCUCGUACGCAUAAAGUUUAUGUUUACGCAUUGAUUCAAAUAUUAAGUUACGCACCGCAGUUACGAUCUGAUAUUCUAUCUCUAAUUAUUAACAGGUUGAUGGUAUUAGAUGUAAAUAUACCACGUUUAGAGAUAGAAAAUGAAGAAGAUGAAGACUUAAUGGAUGAUACCAGUGAAUGUGACAGUAUGCUUGGUAAUGUGAAUAAUGUUGUUGAAGAAAAUAAUAUAACAGAAACAGAUAAAAUACAUCCAAUAGCUCAUAAAUUGGAUAUGUGUAUGGAACUGAUCCUAAAAUAUAUGUACAACUGUUGUUUUAUUAACGGAGUUUUGCAAGUGGAAUGUUUAAGAAGUCUCUAUUUUGAUAUAUUGCAAAUAUUUGAAACAGUAAUAUUACCCACUCAUGCGAGUCAAUACGUGCAGUAUAUUAUGUUCUAUAUUUGUAGUUUUAAAACAGCUGUUGCGGAAGCUUUUGUAGAUUGGUUAUGGCGGAAAGCAUCCAAUCCUAAUGUACCUUCUAUUAUACGACAAUCAUCUGUAGCAUAUAUUGCUAGUUUACUUGUUGCAGCGACAUUCGUUACAACCGGGUUAGUUAAAGCAGUCCAAUUUAAAAUAUCCAAAUGGAUACAUGAUUAUAUCAACAUGCAGGAUCAUUCAAACUAUAUGGAGGAUGAAAAUAAAGAACACAGUGUAUUUUAUUCUGUUUGUGAAGCACUGUUUCUUAUAAUUACUAAAAGGCAUAAUGAUUAUCCUGAUUCAAAAAAAUACAUGUUAUAUUUACAAGAGUUGGAUUUAGCGAAAAUUAUAACUUGUAAACUGAACCCAUUGAAAGCUUGUCAUCCUGAAAUUGCGCAUAGUUUUGCAGAAAUUACCCGAAUAUAUCAAUUAGCAUAUUGUUAUACCGUAAUUGAAAAUAAUACACGGAAUCAACUUCCUCUUUUCGAUAGUAAAAAAGGAACAGCACCUACAGUUGAAAUGUUUUCCCCAUUUAAUUCUUAUACGUUACAACGAAGUGGACAGAGGAUAAUUCCUGUAUUGCGUGAUAACGUUAAUAGCAGGGAACAUAGAACAAGUAUGAAAUAUAGAGAAGAUAUUGAAUACAUGACUGAAUAUUAGAUUUAGUUCUUAAAAUUUAACUUGUGUGUAAUCAUCUUUUUAACCCUUAGAGUGCUAUGGACGCAUAUAUGUGUCUGGCGAAAGCCAUCAGCGUGGACUAAGGACGCAUAUAUGCGUCUGGCUAAAGCCAUCGA